AUGUUGACGCAUAUACCGUUCCCCGUUCUGCCUGCGCCACCGUCAUGGUUCCCGGGGCACAUGCUCCAGUUUGCAAAAUCGCUCCCAACCCUCCUGACCCGCACCGACGUCGUGCUGGAGCUCAGGGACGCGCGUCUCCCUCUCACGAGUAUCAAUCGGAACUUUGAAGGCGCCCUGCAGAAAUGGCGGAGAGAACGAGGGCGAACCAACGACGAGACCAUCGCUGCAUCUGCUGCAGCUUCUGCCCUACCUUCACUGCCGACAGCCACUAGCACCGGCCGCGUAUGCGAGCGUAUCGUCGUCUUCAACAAGCGCGACCUUGUUCCAGAGUGGGGGAUUGAAGUGUGUGCCCAUCUUUCGCAGCUCUGCUGUGGCCGGCCUUAG